AUGAGUAACCACCAUGGAGGUCACCGGCGACGGAACUACAGAGGUGCAGAUGACUAUGACAACCGACGGGAAGUGUACGACACUCCAGAGAAGAAGCUUAGGAGGACUAUCAUCACACUAGGCGAAGUGGAUCCCAUAGAGGAGAUUCCUAAGGUUUCGAAAGAAAUUCGGGCGAAUGCUGUGCUCGGUAUUCGAGCCAUCGCAGAGAACCUGUGGAUAAGUGUAACAGAGCAACCGUUCAAGAUCCCUUACUAUGCAGCUUUACUCCGUGAUCUAUAUGAAGCGUCGGAGGAAUCUACUACUGAUGCCAGUGGCUCGUCUCUAGGACAGCAGGUGCUGGAAGAGUUCUGGAGGGGUUUUCAAGCAUUCCUCGAUGGUCUCGCAUGGAGAGAAAUUCGCCUUUGCAUCCACUUUUUUGCGCAUUUGACGGUAGCAAAUAUUGUCACUCCACAGUCCAUGUUCGAGCUGUUAAAGUCGUUCACUGCCGUACUGGAGGAGUUGAACCUUGCCAAUAGUCGGGCUCGGAACGCAGCAUUCUGUGCCGCGGAAGGCCUUAUGAUAGCAGGCCCCGUCAUCAAGGAAGAUUCUUCCAGGGUGUCCGAGAUUAUUGAUUCAAUUACCGCUUACACCGAGUCGAUUUCCAAGUCCAAGCUACUUGUGCAACCUAUAGUCAAGCUUUAUGGGGAUUCUACAGCCAUAGAAAAUGCUGACGAGUUGUUAGAUUCGGCGCUUACUGUGCUCAAGGCUCUGCAGGCUUCUGACUUUGCAGAGACCACGAACACCUUCCCGCAGCCAUACUCGCGCUACCCUGCUAUUAGCGAACCACGGUUCGAGCUGCGAUCUAUCUUGGUUGCUCCCGACGUGGACGACCUGCCAGCAGAGACAAACGACGACGCACGGGUGGAGAAGGAGCAAUGGCCACAAUACUAUGUCCGCCUGUUCGACAACGAUGUGACGCCGGAUCCGACAACGCCCGUGGGGUAUGCGUUACGUUCUGGUCUGAUUGACCUGAUCGACGUCUUUGAGGUAAACCGGAAAGAGUGUGCACGGUUACUGCUGGAAUUUCCGAAAUGGACGCUACCCGGUACAUUCAAGCCAACGCCGGGCGCGCCUCCCCAGGAGCCCGUACCCGGAAAGGACUGGCAACUGGAGAGUACCGUCAUUGAGACUAUCCUGGGUUCCGUGUUCCUCCUUCCAGAAUCACAGCACAGGUCGAUCUAUUAUAUUGCUCUGAUCACUGAACUGUGCAAGCUGUCUCCACCGACAGCUGGACCUGCUGUUGGCAAGUCAAUACGCAAACUGUAUGCUCUCUUGGCCGACGGACUAGAUGUCGAGGUCUCGCAUCGCUUGGCCGACUGGUUCUCUGUGCACAUGAGUAACUUCAACUUCGCCUGGGUUUGGAAAGAAUGGAUCCCCGACCUUUCUCUAUCGGUUCACCAUCCAAAGCGUGUGUUCAUGCGGCGAGUAGUCGAGUUUGAAAUUCGGCUCUCGUACUACGAUCGGAUACUGAAGACUCUGCCUGAGCCGAUGCAAGGCGCCGAUGCUGCUGUUAUGCCAAUGGAGGCCCCAGGUCCAGAUUACGAAUAUGACGACCCCGGCAAGCCUCAUCAUGAAGCCGCCCAGACAGUGCUGAAUCUCCUACGCGGUCGUACGAAGGCGGAGGACGUCAUUGAGCUACUCGGAACGCUGAAGAACUCACUGGCAGAGAGCGCUGAAGGGGAGGUCAACACCGACUGUGUGAUCCGCUCAAUUGCAGUCCAGUCGCUGCUCCACAUCGGCUCAAGAUCGUUCUCUCACUUCCUUAACGCGAUCGAGCGCUACAUAUCUCUCCUCCGCAACCUGGCCUCGGGCGGAAUAUCGAGCACCGGCGGUGGCUCCAACACGGAGGCCAGGAUGGAUAUCCUCAGCGCCGUCGCAUCGUUUUGGAAGCGGAGCAAGCACAUGGUGGUGAUUGUCUUUGACAAGCUGAUGCAGUAUCAGAUCGUCGACCCAACGGAUGUGGUGUCCUGGACCUUCACCCGUGGAGGGUUGCAUUCGGCAACUGCAGCCCAAUUUGUGUUUGAUGCGUUCCAGUGGGACAUCCUUAAGGGUGCACUAGAGAAGGCCAACGGGCGAGUCAUGGUUGCCCGCCGGCGGGUCACGCAAUUGCGGAAGGAGGCCGACGAUAAUGCGGCCGCGACAAUGGCGUCCAUGGAUGUGGAUACCGCCGCCCAACCAGAUACCAUUCCCGCGGUUGAGUCCCCUGCUCUAACCACCGCGCUUCGAGCCUUCGAGACACUCAGCCGGGAGCAGAAGGCCGCCAUCGUCCGCACCGUGGAAUGCUUCGUUGAGGGUCUCGCUUCAGCAUCACAUCCGAACGCGAAGGCUAGCGAGGUCGCCACGGAGAGGGCCUGGCACAAUCGUGCCAAUUGGAGCGAAGCUGAAUGGGAGGCCUGGGAGACAUGGUGUUGGUACAGGCAUUUUAGCAGGGCGUUCGCCCCCUACCUCCGCAAUUACACCCAAACCCUCGAGGCGCUCUGCCUCUCCAAAACUGGCCCUUCGGAUCCCGCCGUGGAUCUGUUCAAGAAGACGUGGAACAUCACAAUAGGACAGGAGGUGUGA